AUGGCUCACAGUGAUCGAGAUGAGAUCGAUUUUGCAAAAUUAGAAAAAGAAUUAUCCAAUGCACUCGAGGCUGAUAAGAAAUAUUGGCGAGAGAAUGAUGCUAAAAUUAGAGCUGUUGGACAACGUGUUGGAACCUAUGAAGAAUUUAAAGGAAUUGUGGCUGCAUCUCAUCUUCGGCCUUUAGAUCGCAAAGAAGGAUUAAUAACUAACGAAAGAAUAACUCAGACUUGGAAUGCUGCAGCUAGUAAAAAUGAUCAGGACGCAGCAGAAAUAGCUGCAAGUAUCCCAAGCAGUAAUGAACAAGAUUGGAACGUUAAAACGGCGGUUGAAUUUGAAAGGCGAUUUCUUUGUAGGCUAGGAGGAGAAAGAUUAUAUCAACUAUAUAAAACGGAAGUCAGUAACUUAGAAGGGUUAUUACAAGUCCUCCAUGAGUGCUAUCAACCAGCUGAUGCUCAAGUAAUUUAUCAUAUGCUAUAUUGUAUAACUAAAUCUGACCGAUUCAGUUUAACAAUCAUGUUCUUUGGAAAGCAAGAAAAAGCAUGUUCUACAGAGCUAUUAGUUAAAUUAAAGGAUAGCCUUUCCAAUCAAGAUAUCCAAAGCAUAACUUUCAAUGAAGAUGAUUUAGUCAAACUACGAAAAAAGUAUGGUUUAUAG